AUGCAGCUUAGAUUUCGGGAAUUCAUUGCUUCGGGUGCGAUCUCCCGUCACUUGGACACAAUAGUCGUCCUCUGCCCAGCCAAGCAUUCAACUCAGUUCGGCUCCGAGAAGGCAGGUGGCGGUCCUAUCAGUCGGAGGUUGAGGGGACUAACAUGGCGCGACCCAGCAACGGAUUGCCCAUGCCGUGCCCGUACCCGGCACCUGUGCGAUAGUUUGACCUGGGCACAGGAACGUCAUUUGCCUCAGAAGAUGAGACUCACCCAAGUAUUGCUAAAGAAAGCAAAAGCUAAGAAUGUCCUGGUCUUUAUAGAGAGCACAGUAAGUGGUCAUCGAUACACAAGGGUCAAGGAGAGGCUGGCAGAUAAGGUUGAGGCAAUCUUGUAUGACCCUUGGGUCCAGAAAGAGGUGGUGUACAAGGAAGUCAAGAAGGUUAGAAGUCUCAAAUGA